AGGGGGUGUAUGGGAUGCUGUCAUCGGCUGAGUGUGUGACCCUGGUGCAGAGGAUCCUAGACAGGCUGAGAGUGGGGGAGGGGGAGGAAAUUCAGGUGCUCCAGCGGAUUCCCCUCCUUCCAGGAGAACCAGUGAUGGCCAGUCUGUCCCGCUUAAGAGUCCUAACUAGCAUCUACCCCCUACAUGAAGCCCCGCUGCUUCAGAGCCUCCAGGGGAGGUGGUGGGCUGGCUGGUGUGGCCUCAAACCCUUCAGCCAGAGAGAGCAUUGGCAGCUGCUGGAAGAUAUCAGGGCUUAUUUCGGGGAGGCGGUGGCCCUCUACUUUGGGUUUGAGGGUUCGCUGGUCAAUGCUCUUCUCCUGAAAUCCACGUUGUCCAUGUUUCUCUCCUUCUACCCCCUCAGGCUGGGGAACAACCUGGUCUUUUUCACCCUCUCCAGUGUGGUGUGGUCAGAGCUGUUCCUGCAGGGCUGGAGGGAGAAGAGCAAAGCCCUGCAGAGGGACUGGGGGACUGUGGUCACUCAUCCGUCACACAGUCACUCAUCAACAGCAGCAGCGGUGCCCAGGGUGGCACAGGGCACAGCACCACCACAGUCCCAGAUCGAUGCCCACCCUUUUGGAAAGAUGAGCUUGAGGAGACUGCAACACUCCUUUGCCUUCCUAACUUGCACCCUCUGCCUCUCCUCCAUCCAAAUCCUGAUGUAUUUACACCUAGAUGGACUAGUGGGGGACUUCCUCCUGAGAGAAGAGCUCAGUUUCCUCUUUCACAACAUCCUUGUUUACCUCCCCAAAAUCGCCUUCACGGUUGCCAUGGCAGGGAUGGACUGUGUUGCAUUCCAACUGUCCCAAGGCCUCAGCCCUGAUCCCGAGCCGCCAGGGCAUCAGUCACCAAGGCAACAGCCCCUGCUCCCUGAGGUUAUCCUCUCCUGCCUCUUCAACCACUUUUCCAUCCACCUCUACAGGGCUCUGGUCCUGAAUGACCUCACCAUGGUGCGCCUCCACCUAUCUGUGCAGCUGGCCACCCACCUGGGCAUUAAGCUGCUGUCCGCCACGCUAUUGCGCCGCUUGAGGAGGAUGAGGAUGCCCCCUGGCCGCGCCCACCAGGAACAUCAGUCUCCCAUCCUUAGACAGAUCACAGAGCAGAGCAACAGACCACUGUGUGACACCCAGACCUGGAGCUACCUGGAGCUCCUCAUCUCCUACUGCCACGUCAUGUUCUUCUCAGGCAUCUACCCCCAGUGUGCCCUCUGGUGCCUGUUGACCAUCAUAGCUAAAUCCUGCAUGGACUUGUGGCACCUGUGUUCAGGCACACGCCGCCCCUUCCCCAGAACAUCCCCCAGGGGUAACAUUUUGUGGCAGCGGGUCUUCUGUGGCUUUGAGGCCCUGGCUGUCCUUCUCAACUCCUUCCUGCUGUGGUCCUCUCUGGAGUUCAGGCUUGUCUUCCUGAGUUAUACUGGGUGGGAAAUGCUCAGGGCCUUCCUCCUGCUGCAGCUGUCACUGCUGAGCCUGAGAGGGGCGGUCACCUUCCUGCUCCUCCACCUGGCCUGGUUUGUUGGCAGAAAGGCAGAGCAGCCUGAGACUCGCCAACCCCACCUCCACAGGCUCCAUCGCCACCAGCACCAUCAACAGCAGCACUCUCACAUACUGUAGAGAUGCAGCAGCCACUCAGCUUUAGGCUUUGUGGGAGGAUCAUUGUGUCCUGCAAAUAAAACUUUGGCCUAAACGGCUCCGCCCACAACCAUAAGGCUCUCCAGAGGUGCUGCACAACACAUCACCGGUGGCAAACUACCUGCCCUCCAGGACACCUACAGUACCCGAUGUCACAGGAAGGCCAAAAAGAUCAUCAAGGACAACAACCACCUGAGCCACUGCCUGUUCACCCCGCUAUCAUCCAGAAGGCAAGGGAGGAUACUUCUAGGAAAGCAGAGCUGUACCUGUGUUUGUCCAAGGUUCUCCCUAGCACUCUUAGGAUUGGGAGGAGGCCAGGUCCGAUCCAACUUCCCCUUGGAUUGUCGGCCAUCAACUGCAGAGAGGCAGGAUAAGGAAAGGAUUUACAGACUGAUCAAGCAGGCUCCAAAACACUGCUAAGUAAAAAUACAAACUCCUUCUGGACUCCGUACCAUUUGAAGAU